CGCGCGGAGCCCGAGGAGCCAGCGGAGCGCGCGCCGCGCCCGCCGGGCCCAUGGCCAGCACCGGGCCCCGCCUGGUGGAAAAGUUAGAUUAUGUAUAAGUAAUAAAGAAGCAAAAAAGGGGAACAAGCUGAUUUUUCUGCCUCCCCACUUCCUUUUCUGACAUCUUAUUUGCAGUAUGAUGCUGUUCCAAUCCAGCCUAGCGUGGUGUUAUGCUCCUGUUCAUCCCCAUCAAUGGUGAGGAACCAAGCAGAUUCCAGCACUCCAUCUGUCAUUUCCACCUGUGGCAGCAGACAGGGAUCUAGCAUGGAGGCCACUGCAGCUGAAUCAAGGUCUAGCUCAAACUCCUUGCAACAACAUACAGGGCAGCAGCCCCCGCAGCCUCGAAAGAAACGACCUGAUGACUUCAAAUUUGGGAAAAUUCUGGGUGAAGGAUCUUUUUCAACGGUUGUCUUGGCUCGAGAAUUGGCAAGUUCCAGAGAAUAUGCCAUUAAAAUACUAGAAAAACGUCAUAUCAUAAAAGAAAACAAGGUGCCAUAUGUGACACGAGAGAGAGACGUCAUGUCCCGCCUGGAUCACCCUUUUUUUGUGAAACUCUACUUCACCUUUCAGGAUGAUGAAAAGCUAUAUUUUGGGCUUAGCUAUGCCAAGAAUGGAGAGCUGCUGAAAUAUAUACGCAAAAUUGGCUCAUUUGAUGAGACCUGUACUAGGUUUUAUACUGCUGAAAUUGUAUCAGCCCUGGAGUACUUGCAUGGGAAAGGAAUAAUUCACAGGGACCUUAAGCCAGAGAACAUCUUGCUAAAUGAAGAUAUGCACAUUCAAAUAACAGACUUUGGAACAGCAAAAGUAUUAUCUGCAGAUAGUAGACAAGCACGGGCAAACUCAUUUGUAGGGACAGCACAGUAUGUUUCUCCAGAACUGCUGACAGAGAAAUCUGCCUGUAAAAGCUCUGACCUCUGGGCUCUGGGAUGUAUAAUAUAUCAGCUUGUAGCUGGAUUGCCUCCAUUUAGAGCUGGAAAUGAAUAUCUUAUAUUCCAGAAGAUAAUAAAGUUGGAAUAUGACUUUCCAGAAAAAUUUUUUCCCAAGGCAAAAGACCUGGUUGAAAAGCUAUUGGUUCUAGAUGCUACCAACAGAUUAGGUUGUGAAGAAAUGGGAGGAUAUGGACCUCUUAAGGCUCACCCCUUCUUUGAAUCCAUUGUGUGGGAAAACCUACAUCUUCAGACACCACCGAAACUUACAGCAUAUUUACCUGCUAUGUCAGAGGAUGAUGAAGACUGUUAUGGAAAUUAUGACAAUCUCCUGAGUCAGUUUGGUUGCAUGCAAGUUUCUGGUUCUGCCUCUUCCCAUUCAAUGUCUGCCCCAGAGACAAGUACACCCCAGACAUCAGGAGGAAAUAUUGAACAGUAUAUUCAUGAUCUUGACAACAAUUCCUUUGAGCUGGAUUUACAGUUUUCUGAGGAUGAAAAGAGGCUACUUCUGGCAAAACAGGCUGGUGGAAAUCCUUGGCAUCAGUUUGUAGAAAAUAACUUAAUACUAAAAAUGGGUCCAGUGGAUAAAAGAAAGGGUCUGUUCGCUCGUCGGCGCCAGUUACUGCUCACAGAGGGGCCCCACCUGUACUAUGUGGAUCCUGUCAACAAAGUUCUGAAAGGAGAAAUCCCCUGGUCUUUAGAGUUGCGGCCAGAAGCCAAGAAUUUUAAAACCUUUUUUGUUCACACACCAAACAGGACAUAUUACCUGAUGGACCCGAGUGGGAAUGCUCAUAAAUGGUGCAAAAAGAUACAAGAAGUUUGGCGGCACAGAUACCACCAGAAUGCUGCUAAAUAGUAAAGCUCAUCCAAAAUUUCCCAGUUUCCCUACUUGCUGCUAGAACUCCGUGUGCAGCCGAUCAGAGGAAUCUUUUCAACCCACCUGUUACCAUCUCAAGGGGAAGCAUAUGUCUGAAAUGUUUUGGGUUUGGUUUUGUUUUUUUUAAAAAAAAAAAGAAAAAAGAAAAAAAAAAGAAAAAGAAAAGCAAAAACCUAAUGGAAUUCAGGGUCGCUUUGCUCGCUCUUUGUGCUUCUGUUGAGGCUUCCACAUGCAUAUCAUUGCAGUGAAGAUCUUGCUUUUGUGCACUUCAGCUCAAUUUCUGCUGCAGGCUAGUGGAUAGACAUUUUGCGUUACCAGCUUCACUUUAGAUGAGUUAAAACCAAUCCACACGCACACACCGAAUCAUGUACCAGCCUUGUGUUCUAUGGGGCUGGAGUUUUCUGUGAUUUUCAGAUUAUCAUUAAACUGUAUUUCAUCAGGGAGCUUUUAUAUGCCUCUCCUAAGCACCACCUCUUUGUUUUCUCUUCCUUUCCUCACAGUCCCCCAGCUUAUUCGUAUAUGGCAUUUGUAGCCAGAUCAGUUGCACCCUUGUGUAAUUUCUAAUAUAGUUCUGGUUGCAGGAUUUAUGUGGUACUUUAAUAUUAUGUGAAUGAAUCAGAUGUAUGUGUCUGGCAGACAGGCUCCAAUGAUACAGGUUUUAAGAGUAAAAUGCUCAACAUGGCAGUGAAAGUUUUCUAAAAUUGAAAUGUUGGCUUCUGAAGCAUAUACUAUUUUAAACAUUCAAUUUAGAUUUUAAUAUGAAUCACAUAUGUGUUUAAUCAAGGAACAAUAAACAAACCAGCAUGCUUUUAACUGAUGCUAACAAAAAAAAUUAGUUAUUAUGGGGGAUAAAAGGUUACUGUUGAAGUAGUAAAUAGUUUUUCACCUUUUCAGCAGAUGAGGGCUAGAAGCUUUCUUUCCAGGAUGUGCAUGUGGUGUGCAUUUUCGUGGGGUCAGCCUAUUUACCUGGAUAGAGGAAAGUGCGAAGGCUUUGUGCAAUUAAUUAUUUGACCUUUUUUGUCUCAUUGCUUAACGAGAUGUACAAAUUCUAUUUACAGUCCUUGACCAAAUAUUUAGCAACUCUGAAAAAAAAUAAGCUAUAAAAUAUUAGAUCCAUAAAGUAAUCUGAUUUAAAAAUCAAAGGAAAAUCUUGCUACAAAGGGGAAAAUAUAUGGUACGUAAAGCAUAUCUGUAAAAUGGAAAAAAAAAAUCAUAUCUAUCUCCUUUAUCCUCUUCAAAUUAAGUUUUUUUUUGUGGUCAAACAUUUCUUGUAAUGUUGCAGACAACUUCUUAUGUGCUAAAAACAACUUCCCUAAUGGUAUUUUCAACAUGCCCGUGUUCCUCAGCCUUGCAUAGAGGAAGGACCUAGGUCUGGACAAAGGCAUUACUUCCUUGUUUUAGAAGCAGUAUAAGCAUCACACCUAUUUAUUCACCUUCUAUACCUACAACCUCUUUGCAUUUUGAGGUCUCAUACUAUGAUAUGCUUUUCCUUCCACCAAAAAGAUAUGUUUCAUUGCAUGUUGAAAAAAGUCAUAGGCUACUGUUCUAGAAGAAGUGUUUUAAAAGCAGUGGUUUAUCAGAAUUUCUUAGAAAACACAUGAAUGUUGGAUAUUUUUUCAGGAUUAAGGAGAUUUAUUUUUUAUUUCUUAAUCUCUGUUAUGUGGUUGAACUGGAUGACAGUUCAGCUUUUCCAGUAUCGUUCAGUCUUUAAGGCAGAGAGUGCAGUGGCCUUUUGGAGGAACUCCAUUCUUGUAGUCUUCUGUUAUCCCACCAGGUACACAGGCUUGAUAAAAGCAAAUCACUGGCUUACAGAGCCUGAUGUUAAGGGAGCUGAAGUGUCCUGUAAAAUGGCUGAGAUGAGAAAGACAGAACACCAUUCCCUUUGCAUCAUGAGCAGUUUCAUCACAUAACAAGGUACACUCCUUGUCACUAAAAUUUGGACAGCACAGUACACCUUCUGUCGGUGCCUGUGUUAAUCCUGUAUUUACCAUUCUAGCCAAGAUGAUAUUUGUUGUUCUCUGGCUGUUAAAUUCCAGCUGUAUGUUUGGUCCAAGGGAGGCAACCCUACUGCUUUUAGGUUUAAUCUUUGGUAUAGAGGUGUAGAUGUAUCCCCAACUUUAUACAGGAGAGUUUGGCAGGGUGGAAAUGAAUGGUGCCACUGCUGUUCUGUGUGACAAAACUUGGCCUCGCUUAAGUCUGGCAAAGUUACUGUGCUAAUAGUAAGCACCUUAACUUCAUUAGGAAAGUGAAUGAUCUCCAUUGGCUCGUUCACUAGGUGGAAAUCUAAGAGUGCUUAAACAUGUUUUUGGUAUUAUUUAGACUUGUAGUCAAUUUGCCAUUACAAAGUAAUUACUCUGCUUCUUCACACCUAGAAAAUCCUCUCUCAGCAGACUUCUGUCCACCAAAAGCAUCCAGCCAAAGAAAUCUUGAUAGCAAUAAGCUGUCAAGAUGAUGUCUGGAAGUCUGAUGUCUGCGUACUAGUAUUGCUUUUUUCUUUUGACAAUUCUGUCAUUAGAAAGUGGUGAGCAUCCCUCACAGGCAUCCCUCCCCUUAGGACUUCAGUGUUCCAGAUCACAUCUUCCUUAGCUGCUGCUUUUUUGGGAAGGGACUGGAACUAUUCUGGGAGAGGUAUUUUUUCUUUCUUGGACUGUGAAAUCUGUGGUUUUGAAAGAUGGCAGUAGAGUGAGGCAUGACAAAGCAAGCAUGUGGAUUUAAGUAUGUUUCACCAGUUUGUCCACUUAAGUGUGCACUGGCAGGUGCUGCAUACUAUGAAAGGCUGGUUCCUCUUUUAAAUGGUUAUACCUGGAGUGGGGAAGCUUCAGAUCUUUUUCCUGAAGAUCUCUCCUGUUGUUCAUGGGAGUUCAUGGAAUGAAAUGUACAGUGUUCUUCAGAGCUGCAGAUAAGCCAGUUAAUUUCUCUGCUUUUCAUCUAAGGUCUUUCAAAGCUCAAAAAAGAUAGUUAGGCACUUGAAGACUUCAGGCUCCUCACUGCACACCUACUGAAAAUCCAAUCUGUUGUUUGAUUCAUUCCAUCUUUUAUAUUUUGAACAAUUGUUAGUAAUUUAUAAAUAACUUGGUCAGUAAUGUAACUUUGUUUUGCUUUGGAUUUGAGCUUCAGGAAGGUGUUUAUUGCAUCUGUUUCCCAUAGGGUGGACUUUAAGAAAGGAUUAAGUACCACUGCCAGGAGGGAUUUUUGAAUCACACUGUUCUCUUCAGUGUCCAGCCCAGUCACAGGAAGUUUAAAACUACUUCAAUAAACUGGAGAGAUGACGUUAUGACCCUUGGACUUAAAGUCCAGUUCUAGGAAGGAUUUGUAUUAAGGAAUACUUGCUUCAGAUGUGAUGUUGAGGCAUUGUGAGCAGACGGAUAUUGCCUGUUAAGAUCUCAUUUGCUAAGCACUUGGAUGCUGAAGACACUGAAGUAUCAGGUGGUGCUGCGCUCCACUUGCUUUUCUCCUGAGAUAAUUUAGUUGUGAAGUGUCUGCUGUGUUUCAGCCUGGAAAAAACUCUGUAGGUUGAAACAGAUAUGAUAAUGUAAUCCGUUUACAUAGUUCAAGAUGCUUAAUUUAAUGUGCUUGAUAUAGUUACAUCUUGUGCUGGGAACUUUGAAGAAUCCUGAGGAUUUCCAACUUGUACAUGUAACACAAUUACUUCAUUUGACCUGUGGACAAAAUAUUUGAUUUCAACACCUUGCUGAGGGGAGAACUUGUGUAUUAAUAGUUGCCUAAAAAUGUGGUUUGUGGAUUCUAAUAAUUCUUUCUACUAGUGAAUUACACAAGUAGGUGUGGUAUUUAUAUCUGAAAUUUUGCUGAAUGCCUGUAAUAAUUUAUGCAAUUACUUUAUUAAUCAAAUGGAAGUGCUCCUGCAAAGCUUUAUGACACAGAUUGUCCAUCGGUUGAUCAAGUGAGCUUAGAGACAACCCAUUCUCUGACCCAAAAUGGCAUGCUUCCAGUUAAGACUGGUAAUUUAAGAAUGUUUCCUUCUUUCUUAGAAUAAAUAUGACUUACGCAGCAAACAAUUGGAGAGGUUCUUAAGCACCCGAUAACCUGGUCUGUCUGUCAGCAUGACAGUGAAUGUAGAUGAUUGCCAGUUGACAAGGCUUCCUAUGACCAUGUACUAACUCUGAUUGGAUGUGGCAAAUGUUCUAAAUUGUAGAAGAACUUACAAUUACUGUAUCUGAUGAACCAUAAUCACUUUUAAUAGUUGUAUGCUAGCUGUUUUCAGGUUGGUGGCAGUCAGUUACUAAGUGUGUAAUAUUCUUUACCUGGUUUGUAGCUGUAACUGUGAUGUACAGAUAAAAGGAAAAAAAACCAAACAACACAAUAACAACCCCAACCCCCCUCAACAAACACCACAAAACAAUCCCCCCUCUCCCCUCCUCCAAGAACUCGUGAAAACAGAAGCAAAUAAUGCAAUGAUAUAAGAUACACACUUUUGUAUUUUUAUUCUUACAAGGUUAUUUGCUGGCUCUCGUUGGCCUCUAGUUCAGUCUGUGUUAUUUAAAUUCUAAUAUAUGAAUUAUUUGAAUUGAAUUCAUGUUCGGGGCCAUGGUGUUGUAUGUAUUGAUGUACAGCCUUGAAUGUGAAUAAUUAUUGUAAACUAUAUUUUACACCUUUUUCUGGCUUUAUUAUAUAAAUUUUCUAUUGGUUGAUGAUUUAAUCAUAUCUCAUAAUUUAAUGAUUGUUUAUUCUCCUCUCGCCAGAUCUCUGUGCUGUAGAUGUGUAGUUAGUGACCGGAUGAUGGAUUCACUAUGCUCGGUAGUCUGUAAUAAAGGCAUGUAGGGUCCUGG